AUGUUCGAAGUAGGUAAUCUUCCACCAUUACCUCCUUCACCCUCUUCAUCUUCGUCUUCAUCUUCUCGAACAAAGCUGCCUAAAAUGCCAUCUUCGAUUCGAAUAUUUCAAGAACAACAUGUUACCGAAUUCGCUCAUCUACACCAAGAUAAUUAUGAGAAUAACGAAGAAAGAAUCAGGAUGUUAAAUAUCGAAAAACAAAGACUUGAAGAAGCGAGAAGAAUAGGCAGAGCGAAAAGGCAAACUUUGUCUCAUCAUCAUUCUUCUUCUUAUAAUUCUGAUUCCAAUCAUCGAGAUGAUUCCGAUAUCACGAUUGAUAUGGGUAUGAAAUCCGGUUGGAGACCUUUAAGUUUACUUGCUCGUCGUCAACCUUUGACUAAACCCACCGAUUUGAUCGUUAAUGACCGAACAAAACAAAGCAGACUACCAGAUAAUCGAGGAACGGGAGAACGACAACGACAAAUGGAUCGUCAACAACACUCGAGAAAAUCGUCGUUCAGGACUGAGAAUGAAUCUUUCACUCCUACCGAAACUGAUACACCUGAUUUGUCAUCACCUUUACAGUCAGAUGUCAAUUCGCCCGACUUGGCUUUGAUAACGCCGAAUCAACUAGAGUUAACACUUGGCUGUUCGACUCCACCUCCUGUCCCAACCAAAUCGAAAGCCAGACAUGUAGAUUCGGGAGAUCAUUCAAUUCAAUCAUCUACGUAUUCAUGGGCUUCAUCUUUCUCAGGUGAAACGGUCGAGCUUCGCGCUGCGGCACAUUAUGUACCUUCGAUCUCCGAGGAAGGUGGCAGUGCUGAGUAUCAUGUCGCCCACGAUCACGGCGAAGAGGAGAUACUUGAUUCCCCAGCAAAGACCAACAAACGAAGGAAAAGAAUCGUAGCGAUAGCUCAUACGGUCAGACAACUGGAAGGGAUAGGUUCGAGGGAUGUUGAAGAUCCUGACAUUUAUCAACAGCUGGUUAAAGCUUGGAACGAAAGACCAGGCGUUGUACAGCCUUGUGAGCCAAUUUGGUCACCACCUUCCAAAGCUGCUCCCGCUAUUCCUUCAAAACCAAAUCCAGCAGAAAAUACGUUUGACCCUUAUCUUGCUCCUCCAGAUUGGUUAGCUCCUCCUUCACUCAGUCCGGGUAUCGCGCCAUACAUGGGAUCUUCUCCUGUCCCAUCAUCAAAUCUCGAGCAUCAUACACCGAACCUUGAUGAUGAAUCAGAACGCUUCUCGGAUGAAAGUCAUACGAGUUCGAAUCCGUUCAGAUACUCGUAUGCUAGUACGCUUCACGAUCUUGCUCUGGAAGGCGGCUUACAGCACGGAACGAAGUUGAUGAGCGAGAAGGCUUGGCUCAAAUCGCCGUUGUUCGAUCAAGGCACUUAUUUUGAUGCUCAAACACUCUCCGGUCCUUUACCUGUAGGGACAUUCUCUGAACCGCAGGCGAUACCUAUGCCAGGUGGCUCGCCUAGCAAAUCAAGUGUGAAUGAAUCGGAAUCAGAUUGCAUUCCUUCACCCGGACAACCCGAAAGAACGCUUAGAAGGCACAACAGAGAUAUUGGUAGCCUCCAUGACAAGAAGCUGGGAACUCCGAUUGAUCUCGGUAAUCCGAAUGCUGGGCCUUCAUCGACUCCUACAAACUGGGGCUUAGGGUUCUUGGGAAACUGGUUGAAGGACGAAUUGAAAGACGAAUCUGUUGAAGAAGAAGUGAUUAAGGAGGAGGGUUUUCAAUAUGGGGAGGAUGGGACGAGUCCGAUACAAACGAAUACGAGGGAGAAGAUAUCGAGUUUCUUAGCAGAAGGAGAUGUAAUCGCUCAACAACCUCUACAACAUCAAUCACCACGAACCAGCGAUACUAUAGAUCCUCAUCACCCUUUCGAAGCCAAGAAAGCGAUCGAUACCAACGAAAUGCAAUUACACCCAAACUCAAUCGUUUUACCCCCUCCCCUCCCCACACCAGAAGUAGAACUGUUAAUUCAGCAAAUUCCCGGUUUAACGAAAUCUCAAAUCAAUCCAUCUCCACCAAAAGAAUGUAUCACACUAGCAAAAGAAUAUCAAUUCUCGAACCCUUGCCGACGUCAGAGCUAUUCGACCCCCUCGGACAUCUUAUACCCUCAUCCGCACCAUCCACACCAAGAUCAUCCACUCGCCUCUACAACCCAACUCCAAAACAAUCAAAUUGGAGUUGGGGAUUUACAGGUGGAAUUGGAAAUGGAAACGGAAUUACAGAAUCGAGAUCAAGAGGAAUCAUGGGAUUCAUCGGCGAUCUCAUCGUACCGAUACCAAACACCACCUCUCCGUCUAUCACACCACGGCAAAAGUCCUUCACCCUCUCAUUCGACGAAGAAGAGCUCGGUUCAACACCCAGACUUACCACCUCUGCCCUCGACAGUACCGGAGAUGAAUCCGAUAGCUACACCACCUCGGACACCGAAGUCUCAUCUGAGACCAAUAUUACCCCCCUUGCCACCUACACCGAAAUACCGCCGACCUACUCCACCGCUUUUGACCAAUUCCAACUUCCCCUUGCACAGAGAGAACGGGAACUCGAGGAAUAUAGACGAAUCAGAGAUAGUUGGAGUUGGAUCUCAGAUUCCUCGACCCCAAAAUUACGACCACUCAUGCUACUGGGGCUCUACGGUGCACGACAUCGACUCUCAGAUUGAUACACCGGGAUUCGGGCGGGAGCACCCCUCUUAUCCUUACGCAUCGUCAACAAAUCAAGUUGAUAUUUCAGUUUCAAGCGAUAUUCAGACUCUGCCUCAAGCAGUGACCACGGAGACAGAUAUGGAAAAGGCGAUACCUUCGCGAUCCUCCUCGAAUAAACAUUCGCGUACACCUUUGAUUCUGUUCAUACUGGGCUUCGUAAUGCCGAUAUUGUGGUUUGUAGGAGGAUGGCCCAUUCUUCGGCCGUCACCGCACACUGAGACCACACAAGGAGAAGAGACCUCACUGAGAAGGUUCAGAUGGAUCGAUCAUCCAGAUCGCAUGGUCAGGGCAUGCAGAUGGGCAGCGAUAAUCUCGAUCCCUACGAUGAUAAUAGCAGGGGUCAUCGCUGCGGUAGUAGUGGUUGUAGCUGUUCAUUAG